AUGGCUUGCAGACAAGCUGACCACGCCGGAUCAUGGUACAGAAAAGGCCCAGACCGCUUAAAUGAUCAGCUGAGGGGUUUGAUGGGCGCUGUGCCUCGUGAGAUGGACCACGCUGGGGAGCUCCCAGUGCCCGGAGCUCGAGUGAUCAUUGCACCUCACGCGGGGUAUUCCUAUUCGGGUCCCUGUGCUGCCUAUGCAUACAGUGCACUCGAUCUGUCUAACGCCAAGCGAAUCUUCAUUCUUGGGCCAUCGCACCAUCAUUAUCUCUCCACGUUGGCUCUUCCAGUGACCGUCGAAUACCAAACCACGUUGGACUCUUCUCACCUGCCUCUGGACACGGAGCUCAUCAGUAAACUGCGCAACUCGCCCGCAACCAAGCCGGAUGGAUCCAAGGUCGAAUUUACCUCGAUGUCCAAACCUGUUGACGAAGCUGAACACAGCAUCGAAAUGCAACUCCCGUUCAUACACUAUCUCCUGCGAAAGCAGUUCGGCGACGACGCUCCCACCGACAAGUAUCCACCACUGGUGCCCAUCAUGGUCGGCAAUACCUCGCCUGGCACGGAACGAGCAUUUGGUGCCCUUCUGGCACCGUACGUCGCAGACCCAUCGAACAUUUUCAUCAUCAGUUCGGAUUUCUGCCAUUGGGGCACCCGAUUCCGAUACACGUACUACGUCCCACAGGCUCCUACACCUGGACCUGAGCUGCCUCUCUCUAGUGAUGCUCUGCCACAGCCGGGAAUGGAUAUCAAACAUGUACUCGAUUGUCUUGACUCUGUUUCUGACGGAUUCGACCUGUCGCGUCGAGAUCGUAUUUCCAACGGGAAGCCGGCUAUCCAUGAAAGUAUCUCAUCAUUCGACAUUGCUACAAUGGCUGCGAUCACUUCCGGGUCCCACGAUCUGUUCCUAGAUGUGCUUAACCGCACUGCAAAUACUGUCUGUGGUCGUCACCCCAUUGGAGUGAUCAUGGCAGCUCUCGAAGCCGUCCGAGCCAGUCAGUCGAUCGAAGACGAGCGUGGCAGAUUCCGCUUUUUGCGAUAUGAGCGCAGUUCUGAUGCCGAGGAUGUCUCUGACAGCUCCGUGAGCUAUGUCUCGGCAUUUUCAGUGCUUUAG